CCCCGUCUCCCUUGCAUUGUUCAAUCGUUCUCUAGACUAGAGAGAGUCCCUUUCUCUCUCUCUCUCUCUGUGAAACCUCUGUUUCUCUCUCUACAUUGGCCUUUGUUUCCUGCUCUAUUCAUCCCCCAUCGUGUUUCUCCUCCUUAACGUUCAUCUAUUUCAACUUUGUCUCAAGCUAUUCUAGAUCAAAAUGGAGUAUGGGGACCACUACGGGCAGGUUCAGAGGCCAAAAUAUGAUUGUCUUCUGUUUGAUCUAGACGAUACUCUCUAUCCCCUCAGUUCUGGUUUGGCAUUAGGAUGCCGCAAGAACAUUGAAGAUUACAUGAUUGAGAAACUUGGCAUAGACAAGAGCAGAAUCCCAGAUUUGUGCAACCUGCUUUACAAGAAUUAUGGGACAACCAUGGCAGGUCUUAGGGCUAUUGGCUAUGAUUUCAAUUAUGAUGAAUAUCAUAGUUUUGUUCAUGGGAGAUUACCUUAUGAAAACUUAAAACCUGACCCCGUUUUAAGAAGUCUUUUGCAGAGCUUACAUAUUCGGAAAGUUAUCUUCACAAAUGCCGACAAGGUCCAUGCUGCUAAAGUUCUUAGCAUACUUGGGUUGGAAGACUGUUUUGAAGGAAUUAUCUGCUUUGAGACUUUGAACCCCAUCCAUAAGAGCACUGCAUCUGAUGAUGAAGAUGACAUUGAGUUUGUGGGCUCAAGGACAGCUCCUAGUACCACUACCAGCAGCAAUGAGAUUUUCGACAUCAUUGGCCAUUUCUCUCAACCUAAUGCGGGGUCAGAAUUGCCAAAAACACCAAUUGUCUGCAAACCAUCCGAACACGCUAUUGAACGGGCUCUCAAUGUUGCCAGCAUCAACCCCAAUAGAACACUGUUCUUUGAAGAUAGUGUCCGCAACAUACAGUCGGGAAAGCGUGUAUGCCUCGACACAGUGCUGAUUGGCACUUCUCACAGAACCAAGGGUGCAGAUUAUGCAUUAGAAAGCAUCCAUAACAUCAGGGAAGCAUUACCAGAGCUUUGGGAAACUGACAAGAUCUCUGAAGUUAGUUAUUCUGGCAAGGUUCCAGUGGAGACAUCUGUGACAGCUUAGAUUUAUGUCAUACUCUUACCUGUGUGACACAGCAAAUAAGGCAUUUUUCUAGUCCAAAUCUCUGGUUUAUUUCAAAUGAUGUAGAUGUUCUACUGUUAUCAUCUGUUUAAUAGAAAGAUCUAUGGCAUCGGUCGUUACAUAAAUUAUCCCCCUUUCUGUUUGGAAUGUCAUUGUUAAUUUCUAGUCACGAUCAGGCUGAGAUCAUAUAUUGGACGUACACUAGUUAUUUUCUUGAAGGGUUUUUCGCAAAUGAUGGAAUACUGACUAAGGCACGAUAGCGAGAGCCGUGAAUUUUAUAAACAAAACUUGAAGCCUACCCCCAACAUUCACUGUCAUUCUGAUUUUGUAUGAAUUCCGUAAUGGUCUUGUAAUAUUG